AUGGCGAAGGGUCAGAUGGGUUCCAUGGGUAGCCCCAAACCAGGCAUGCAACAAGGAGGCCCUGGAGGAGGUGGCAUGGGAGGAGGAGGAAUGGGAGGCAUGGGAGGAGGCAUGGGAGGAGGAAUGGGAGGAGGAAUGGGAGGCAUGGGAGGGGGAAUGGGUGGCAUGGGAGGAGGAGGUAUGGGAGGCAUGGGAGGAGGGGGAAUGGGAGGAAUGGGAGGAGGUAUGGGAGGAGGUGGAAUGGGAGGCGGUAUGGGUGGAAUGGGAGGCAUGGGAGGAGGAAUGGGAGGUAUGGGAGGAGGAGGGAUGGGAGGGAUGGGAGGAAUGGGAGGAGGAAUGGGAGGAGGAGGAAUAGGAGCUGGCAUGGGCUCAACUGGAGGAAUAGGGUCCAGAGCUGGCGAGCCCUACCGCCUGGCCACCCAUGAUAGUCCAUCUUCCCCCCGACAUAUGCAGUCGAGCCAGGGGUCAGGCAUGGGUCAGGGUACAGGGUCUGGCCACGGGAUGGGACACAGCCCAGCUGGGUCCGGCAUGGGAGGCCAUGCAGGUCAAAGUCCUGGUCAGCAUGCAUCCCGUCGAAACCUUCAAGUCGACUUCAGUGGUUCAGGGGGCUCCAGAACAGGCCGGUCGCCCUCAGUGUCACCUGACCGUGGCGUGACGCCCACCUCGCCCUACUCUGUGCCACAGAUUGCACCAAUGCCAAGCAGUAAGAUGUGCCCCGUGUGCACCACCACCGAGCUGUCCAACCCACCGGCUGUACCCAACUACAACACCUGCACCCAGUGCAAGGCCACCGUCUGUAACCAGUGUGGAUUCAACCCCAACCCACACCUCACUGAGGUCCAGGAGUGGCUGUGUCUGAAUUGUCAGAUGCAGAGGGCUCUUGGCAUUGAUAUGACCACACCUCGUUCUAAGAGCCAACAGCAGAUUCACUCUCCGUCCCACCAAGCCAAACCCAUAGUCCAGCCUCAGCAGCAGACGCCUCAGCCAACACAACCGACAGCAGCAGCCCAGCCAAAACCUUUGGCGCAGAGUCAGCCCGCCCAGAGACAGCAGCAGCAGCAGCAGCAACACCAACAGCAACAGCCUCAGCCCUACGGCCAGACGCAACCCUACUCCCAGUCUCAGCCAUAUUCUCAGUCCCAGCAGUACCCCCAGUCUCAGCCACAGUUGUACCCUACGUCCCAACAGGGACCCCAGACUCAGACAGGGCCCUUUCAGCAGGGCAUGCGGUCUGACCCAUAUUCCCAGAGAGGUCCUGGGGCCCAAGGAGCUGUCCAAGGAGGUCCUGCAAGUGGCCCUAGUCAACCUGGUGGUCCAAGAAUUCCUCACCCUGGAGCUGUGCCCCUCCCAGGCUUGACCAAAGCCCCCUCCCAGCCUGAUUUGGGUCGCGGUUCUCCAAUGCAUCAGUCUAUGGCACGGCAUCAUGAUCAGACCAGAAGCGCCGGUUCUUCCCCAGCCCACAAACCUCAAAGUCAGGCCCCUCCUGCCCAGGACGGUCUGACCAAGCUGUUUGGCUUUGGGGCAUCCUUGCUCAAUCAGGCUAGUACUCUAAUCAACGUUGAUCCCCUAUCUACUGCCUCCACCCAGCCAAGCCCUGCACGAGGCAAGGUGGUGUUUAGUAAUGCAGCUCCUGACAAUAAGCAGCAACAGCAAGGGGCCCCUGGCAGCAAAGCAUUUGGUAUGGGGGGCCCUCAUGCUCCAAGCCAAAUGGGAGGUCCACAUGCGCCGGGUCAAAUGGGAGGUCCUCAUGCACCAGGUCAAAUGGGGGGUCCUCAUGCACCAGGUCAGAUGGGUGGUCCUCAUGCCCCCGGUCAAAUGGGUGGCCCUCAUGGGCAGAGUCAAAUGGGGGGUCCUCAUGCACCUGGUCAAAUGGGAGGCCCUCAUGGAACAAGCCAAAUGGGUGGCCCUUAUCCACAAGGCCAAAUGGGAGGCCCUUAUCCACAAGGCCAAACAGGGGGUCCUCAAACAACAAGCCAAAUUGGUGGUCCCCUAAUGAGUGGACCACACAUGCCAACCCAGAAGCAACCGACCAUGCCGCAACAGCAGGGAAUGCAGCAGCAGUCGCCUGCGCAUCAUCAACAAGUGCCGCAAGGACAACAACAUCACCCACAAGGAACACAACAGGAGUCACCUGCCCAUUUGCAAAAGGCCCUAGAAAAGAAGGAGCCCGCAGCAGUCCCUGUGCCUGCUCCAGAGCCUAUUAAGCCUAAAGUGAACUGUCCUCUUUGUAAAACCGAGCUGAACAUUAACAGCUCUGACCCGCCCAACUACAACACCUGUACGCAGUGUCACAGCCAAGUUUGCAACCUUUGUGGCUUCAACCCAACGCCACAUCUGGUGGAGAAAAAGGAGUGGUUAUGUCUCAACUGCCAGACCCAGCGACUGAUGUCCGGAGGUGGCCUUGAUGAACCCCCACUUCCUGUUCCUCAUUCAUCACCUAAGCACCAGCCAAUGGGUUCACCUCGCCACCAGGCACCAACCAGUCAGCAAAGUCCUCUUCAUAAACCCACCACGCCCCAAACUCCGAAGACAGCUCAGCCUCACACCCAGAAACCACAAGCUGGGACUGGUGGUAGUGGGCCAUUUGCUCCGACUGCAGCCAAACAACCAACAGACACCAAGAUAACGACGCCAACUACAACAACAGUUACAACGACAGACUCCCAGAAACCCACAGAGGAGAAACCCAAGCCUGAGUCGGAUGUCCAGACUGCCAAAGAGACCAAACCCUCCCAGAAGAAAGGAGAGCAGAUCACACCAAUCAAAGAUAUUAAGAAGUCCAGGCACUAUGAUGAUACUAAAAACAACAGCACCCAUGACUUGUCACGCAGCCCACAGAGCCUUAGUGACACCGGCUACUCCUCUGAUGGCAUCUCUAGCUCCCACAGUGAAAUAACAGGUCUUAUCCAAGAAGAGGAGAUGAAGCUAAGUGAGAGGGGGAUCAGCGGACGGGGCUCCCCACCAAGCCCCUCUGAGAUCACCAAGCUAGAAAGCUCUAUGAGGCCUUUGCUGGAGAAGAGUCUUUCUGAAGAGAAGGUGGAGAGAAGAGGAAGAAAGCACAGAGACAGAGACUUAGAUGACAGAGGAAAGCGCCCCCGCUCCCUGUCAAUCCCACCGGAUGAAUAUGACUCUGACGAGGACCUAGAUGAGAUAGUGGAGGAAGAAGAGGAUGGGGGAGACUGGGAAAGUAAACGGAAGCCAGUAAAGGAGGAGAAGAAGGAAAAGAAAAAGAAGGAAAAAGAGGCAGAGCCAACAGAGAUGACAGAUGAGGAGUUUAUGAGGAGGCAAAUAAUGGAGAUGAGUGCUGAUGAAGAAAAUGAGGAGGAGGAAGAGGAGAUGGAGGAAGAGGAUGAUGAGGAAGAUGAAGGUUAUGGCUACCAGAAAUCCAAGAAAAGCCACCACAAGCACAUAUCUGACUCAGGGAAAGAGAAAAGACGUCUACAGCACCACUCCAGCAGUUUUGAGGAGGAAACUAAGAGCUCUACAGAUGUUUAUAAAGGUUCAGUAGAGGAGGGCGAGGAAGAUGUGAUGGCAUCCCAGGGAGGCCUCAGGCGCUUCAAAACCAUUGAACUCAAUAAUACUAAUAGCUACAGCCGAGACAUGGAGCUGAGCAAUGAGAAUGACUUGAGUCUUGAUCGGGAACCAGAACUAGAGAUGGAAAGCCUAACAGGAUCUCCCGAAGAACGUUCUCGAGGGGACUACUCCUCCACCCUGCCUGCAACUUCAUCCUCAUAUGGCUCAGGCCAGAGCCCUACUUCCAUCUCAUCAAUGGAAGAGGACAGUGACAGCAGUCCCAGUAGGAGGCAAAGAUUGGAAGAGGCCAAGCAACAGCGCAAAGCCCGCCAUCGCUCCCAUGGCCCUCUCCUUCCCACAAUUGAAGACUCUUCAGAAGAAGAUGAGCUCAGGGAGGAAGAGGAACUCCUGAGAGAGCAGGAGAAGAUGAGGGAAGUGGAACAGCAAAGAAUAAGGAGCACAGCUCGAAAAACCAAGAGAGACAAGGAAGAGCUAAGAGCCCAGAGGCGCAGAGAGAGGUCAAAGACACCACCUAGCAAUCUCUCACCUAUUGAAGAUGCUUCUCCAACCGAAGAACUUCGACAAGCUGCAGAAAUGGAGGAGCUCCAUCGGUCUUCUGCUUCUGAAUAUUCCCCACAGAGUCUGGACUCUGAGGCUGAAGGGUAUGAGUCCAAGCUUUAUAAGUCAGGUAGUGAGUAUAACCUACCUACUUUUAUGUCUCUUUACUCACCAAUAGAAAAAUCUUCAACAACGACAACAACCACAGCACCAUCCUCAACCUCCAAACCACUGAAGAGUGCUGAGGAGGUCUAUGAGGAAAUGAUGAGGAAGGCAGAGAUGCUUCAAAAACAACAGAAACAACAGCAGCAGCAACAUGGAAGACAUGGGCAGUACUAUGAGGAAGAUGUUAAUGGACAAGGUUAUGAUGAUGAGUAUGAAUAUGAAGAUCAAACAGAAUAUGACAAUGGAGCAGCAGAGACAGAAACAGAUAUUUAUGAGGAGAUCCGCCAAACAUCUCAGAAUAUUACCAAGAUGCAGCAGGCUACCGAUGAACAAGUAGAAAUUGAGAUUGAGAGCUCCUUUCCAGACAAACAGCUCUUGGACACAGGCUCAGCCUUUGCUAAGCUGCUCGAACAAAGCAAUGCCCUGCUCACUCCAGGGACAAGUCCGACCCAGAUCUCAGCUCCUGUCUCUUUUGCUGAGACUGGAGGUAGGAUUCCUGAUGUCAGGGUUACACAGCACUUCUCUGCAAAGGAUGGGCACAAAGACAGGAUCAAAAGCCAAGCAGGAAAGAAUGGAAUAACUCCAACAGUUGCUGCCACAACUAUUGCAGCUUAUGGAGUGUAUGCAAGAGAUGCAGUGACUAUUUCUCAGACUAGUUCAAGCCACACGAUGACAUCUACUCAGUCUGGUAUCUAUGGUCGACACUCAGGAAGUACUGCUACAUCCUCAGCCACAGUAUCAAGUGUAUGCAGCAAGAUCGCAGAGAUUACCCAGGCCUACAGUCAAAGAGAAGUGAUCACUAGAAGGGUUGGGGACACCAGAGGUGUUCAAGUGCGAGACAGUUCAACAUCUUCUACUGAACGAGUUAUUGAGCCCCGCUCUCCAAAGUAUACUACUUAUUAUAGAAGCACCAGUCCUCCUCUUUCUCCAUCACCACCUCCACAGAGUCCAACUCGUUCACCUUCAAGAAGGGCUACAGCUGAGUUCUCUACACAGACUUUCAGCUCAGCACUACGAAUGGAGUCUGGUUCUGGGCCUACAUCUCCAGUGAUGGCCCAGGGAACCCAAACAUCAAAUCGAUCAGUUUCUCCAAGGCUCUAUCGACAGCAAUCUUCCCAGGAUGCCCCAUACUCGCCACCCCCAAGCCCUGCAAGGCCAAUGACAGUCAACACUGCUACAUCACCCUUGUCUUCGCCCACCAGAUUUAGUCGCCAGUCAACAUUUGACACUUACUCCCCAUGUGGCAGUCCUCCAGACACACCACCAUAUCAACAAUCUCCCACACGUAGCUUUUACAGGACACAAAGAGUUGAGAAGGUAAAUGUAGGAACGAGUAUGGUCACCACAGCAAGUACUUACACCAGAGGGUCACUGUCAAUGGACAACAUCUCUCUGUGUCGAAUAUCUACAGUCCCUGGCACUUCUAGGGUAGAGCAGGGACAUAUGAUCCAAGGUGGAAGUGUUGUAGAUCUCAGAACAGUUGCCAAAUCUGCUCCUAUUAUUAUGACAGAUCAGGGAAUGGAUCUUACCUCCUUGGCAACUGAGAGCAGAAAAUACCACGGUGGAGGAGAGGGUGGUAGACAUUCCACAAUUAUACAGCCACUAAUUAUGAACCUAAACACGCAGGAGACCACCACACCAACCACUGUGAGUGUCACAGUGGCUGCUUCCAUGUUCAUGUCUCAGCAAAAGCAGCCAAUGGUCUAUGGUGAUCCCAAUCAAAACCGAGUUGAUCUAGGCCAGGGCAUUGGCUCAGCUGUGUGUCUGUCUCAGAACAAGCCACCAAUUUCACCUCCAACAGACCCUUCAAUACCAAAAAUUGAUGCCAAAUUGGAAGACCUAAGUGUCCAACAGAAAGAACUACAAAAACAACAAGAGAAGCUUCAAAAACAACAGGAGCUCCUUGAACAGCAGCUGCAGCAGCACCAUCGGAUGCAACAGGAGCAGCAACAGGCAUCUGCUUUGGCUAGGUACGGUCUUACAGGCCAGAUCUCUCCUUUAAUGAAAAAAGACUUACUGGUCAGUCAGACAAGCACUGCCUCAGCUGUGGUAAGUGCUGUAUCACCAGUCGUUAACCCUGAGCUGUAUGGAACUGGUCCCGUUGAGCUGAAAGGAAAGCCCAGUCCUCCUGGUUUAUUGCCUGGUGGCAAAUCCCCACAUAGCAUGGUUGUACAGAUGGACGGAGGACCAGAACCGUCAAGGGCAGUGACACAGCUGGUAAAGGUGGAAGAAGGGCAAGAUGCUAUGGAUCUGACAGGAGGCCAAAUUAAACCUGACACCCAACCAGUUUGCUGUGAUGUUGUUUACCGACUUCCAUUUGGUGGAAGCUGUGUUGGUGGUUCAGAGAAAGAGGGCAUUAGGCCCCCAUCUGCCCCACCCCUCACCUAUGAAUCUGACCAUGAGUAUCCAAUGGAUGGACGCAAAGCCUACACAUUACCUUUCCCUGGUAGGCUGCAGUCUUCAAUGUCAGACACAAACCUAGCUGAGGCUGGACUUCAUCCCUACCGAUCUAAAAUAGAGCCACACUUCCAAACUCCAGGAGAACUAGCCAUGGAUCUAACUGGUAUGAAGCAGGGCUAUGGAGGGUACCUGGGGAUGCAAUAUGGUUCCUAUACAGAUUUACGCCAUGGAGGAGACAUUACAGCCCAAACACUGCCUAUACGGAGAUAUAAUUCCUUGUCCAACAUCAGUUCAGACUAUGGCUACUCUGCUCGAGACAUUGCAAGUUUUCAAGAAGCUAACCUGGCUCAGUAUAGUGCAACAACUGCCAGGGAGAUAAGCAGAAUGUGUGCAGCACUCAAUUCUAUGGAUCGCUAUGGGAGCAACCCAGACUUGAUGCAGUUUGGUAGUCUGGGGAGGGGAACCGGGCCUGGAACUGCAAGACUUGCAGCAGCAGGUCUAAGCAUGAGACAGAACCUUCUUUUUGGACUAGAUGGGAAACCAAUCUCCCACAGUCAAGCACUAACCAACCUCAUUAAUGCUAGACAAGCUAGUCUCAGAGCUAUGUACCCAGCUGCUAUUAGAUCCUCUGAUGGGAUGAUCUACUCUACUAUUCAGACCCCCAUUGCUUCUACACUUCCCAUUACAACCCAGCCUGCCUCUGUUCUUCGUCCGCUACUAAGGGGGGUCUACAGGCCUUACCCAUCGGCAAACAUGACACCAGUGCCCCUAGCCAGUCUAAGCAGACUACCAAUGAGCCCCAGAAUGCCCUUAUCUGGACAAGCUCCAGUGUCUUACCCAGCACCAGGUCUUCUUCAGACAACAUCAACAAUUGCUGUUACUGCUGUUGCUACAACAACUUUUGCACCAGCAGGUGCCCCAGUAUCUGUGUCCAUUACAAGUAGCAGCUCUACAGUCCAGGAAGAACCAGUGUACCUCGGCAAAGGUGCUGCAGUGACCACAUCAGCAGCAGCUGUCACCUCAGCGCAAGCCAUCCCACUGGAGCCACAGCAGCAGCCAAUAAAUCUAUCCCAGGCUCACCUGAACAGUCAGCAACAACAGCAACAAGCUACAACUACCCAGCAGUCGCAACAACCUCCCCCAGCAGCGCACAGCUAUCCACCCUUCACUCAACCGUACACUCAUGGCUACACUCAGCCUCCAACAGGCCCACCUGCACAAGCUGCUGGCUUACCAAUUGCAGGAGGACUUCCUCCCUUCCCUCCACCAGGCGCCAUACACAAGGAGGGCGAAACUGAAGCAGAGAGGCUGCACCGUCAGCAGGAGCAACUUCUGCAGAUGGAGAGAGAGCGUGUGGAGCUGGAGAAACUACGUCAGCUGCGCCUCCAGGAGGAGCUUGAACGAGAGAGGAUUGAGCUGAAGAUGCAUAGGGAAAAGGAGCAGAUGUUGGUGCAAAGAGAGUUACAGGAGCUGCAGAACAUCAAGGAACAGGUUCUACAGCAGCAGCAAAAUGAGCGAGAGAAACAACUUAUGCUUCAGAGGGAGCAGCUGGCCCAGCAGAAGUCACAGCUAGACCAGAUCCAAUCGUUGCAGCAGCAGCUCCAGCAGCAGCUUGUUGAGCAGAAGAGGCAGAAAACAGCUGCAGUGAUGGAUAUAAGUGGACAGCCUCUGCACCCCUACAUCGACUCUCAGAUAGGCUCUCGGCUCCCCAACUCCUCUUCAGAAAUAUGCCUUAGGAGCCAGGAGGAGCAUAUGGAGACCAGGAGCAACAUGAGGAAACAUAGCUCCAUGACCAGGCUGAGUAGGGACAGCUUGGACGGAGAUGGUGUUGUGUUUUAUGGCUCCCCACGUAGGAUUGUAGACAGCUGUGUGCAGACCGAUGAUGAAGAUGGCGAGGAGAGGUACAUGAUGCGUCAUCGCACCAGAAGGCGUGGUCGCAGCGUUGACUGCUCUGUACAAACAGAUGAUGAGGAAGACAAGGCUGAGACAGGACAGCCACACCGACGCAGACGUUCCCGUUUCUCACGCCACUCUGAGUCCAGUGCCGCCAGCAGCAGCGCUGCUGCCACCACUGCUGGAACUACUGAUACCAAAAGUGAUCCUUCCAAGAUGGUAUCUUCAAGUAUUGCCAUCCAGACCAUCAGGGAAAUGUCUUGCCAGACAGAAGUGGAGCACCUUGGAAGAGUCUCCCCAGCAAUCCAUGUGACAUUACCAGACCCAAAUAAAGUAGAGAUUGUACAUUACAUCUCUGGUCCUGAGCGGACCAAUAAAGGACAGUCUCUAGCAUGCCAGACUGACCCUGAAGCCCAGUCGCAGGUUGUAGUUGCUCCCCAACUCAGUAUACCAACCACUGUCAGUCCAUAUUCUUCUUCUACCAGCAGUGGAGCACAACAAUCUGGUUCCUCUGACCAUCUGACCCAGCAGCGCCAGCAGCACAUCGCUGCAAAUGCAGCCAAGUUUGAGCGACGCCGCCCUGACCCGCUUGACAUUAAUUACCAGCCUCACAACCACCUCCACAACGAGUCCAUCUCCAGUAUCAUCAGGCAGCAGCAGUCUGCCCCCAAAUCCCCGCAAGUCCUCUACUCUCCUGUGUCUCCAGUGUCCCCACAUCGCCUGCUGGAGAACUCUCUGUCCAGUGAGAGGCUCAACAAGGCCCAUGUUACACCUCAGCAGAAGUCCUAUACAGCUGAGUCCCCCCAGCGACACCCAUCUGUGCCCCGACCCAUCAAGAGCACUCAAAGGUCCAUGUCAGAUCCCAAGCCCCUCAGCCCCACCACAGACGAGCACACUAAGGCCAGGCUUUCCCUCUAUCAACAGCAAGCACUCCAGAACCAGCUGGCCGCUCUACAGCAGAGCUCGCUGCUCCGCAAGGUCAAGAGAACACUGCCCAGCCCUCCUCCGGACGAGACUACCACAGCAGCUCAUCUGCCCAUGAUGACACCUGCCCUUCAACAGGUCUACCUGCCCUCCGUGCCCAGCCUCAAGCCCAGCUCCAGGUCUGGCCUCGCUGCCAAAGCCAGCCUCCUCAAAGACCUUACUCAUGAGCUGAAGGCCGUGGAGCAAGAGUCAACCAAACUGAGAAAGCAACAAGCUGAACUUGAGGAGGAAGAGAAAGAGAUUGACGCUAAACUGAGAUACCUAGAGCUGGGAAUCCAUCAACGGAAAGAGACACUGGUCAAGGAAAGGGAGAGGAGGGAUAUUGCCUACUUGAGGUGUAUGGGGGACACUAGGGACUACAUGUCUGAUAGUGAGUUGAACAACUUACGAUUGGCAGCUGCAGCUGCUUCCCAUGAGACCAACGGCCUAUUGUCAACUAGACCAAGCACUGCCCCUCUCAGCCAGUUCACCAGCGACCUCAACACAGCAGCCCAGUACCCACCGACCUCUUCUUUCCUCUCAAGUCAGUACCCCCAGAGCCAACCGGCAGCACCAUCUCAACCAUCAAGUAUGCCGUACCAGUCUUCAACAUUCAACCAGCCACCUUAUCCAACAGUGUCUCAGUCCCAGGCACUGCCACAGCCCACACCCCUCCAGAGCCAUGCCCCACCUCCAGGACCUGCUUAUCAGUCUCAAACCUCCUACCCUUCCCACACCUACCCCCAGUCUCAACCCCCAUACCCCCAGACAGACCUUGGGAUACCAGCUGCACCUCAGCCCCAGCCAGGCCAUACAGGUUUUGGGCCUGCACCACCUGGUCAGCCCCCAUACCCCACCCACAGCUCACCCUAUCCAAGUGCUGUGUCCUCCUACCCCAGCCAGACCACCCCGUACCCUGGGCAACCUCAAGCUGAUAUUCUGACUGUCCACCCAGGAAGACCAAGGCAGACUUCACUUGCUGACCUGGAGCACAAGAUGCCCACCAACUAUGAGACGAUUAGUAACCCAACAGUUGUGGUCACUACAACUGCCCAGGAUGCUACCUAUUCCAGUAGUGCCCCAUCUUACGGUGUGUACACCGGCUCAACAACCAUGGCCAGCUCCUAUGGGCCCUAUGGUUCAGCACCAGUGUCCAGCAGCUACGGUGGGUACUCUACCAUGCCACCAAGCACUUAUGGCCAAUAUACUUCGACUUCAGCUAGUUCUUAUGGCCAGUACACCACAACCAUUGCUAAUACUUAUGGCUACACUACCACCACAGCAAGCUCUUAUGGACAGUACACUUCUACAGUUUCCAAUGCCUAUGGGCAUUCUGUAGACAGUCCCUCCACAUACAGCACUGCAGACGGGAUGUACGGGGCUCCUGGCUUAGAGCAAAACAUUCCAAGGAACUACAUGAUGAUUGAUGAUGUGAGUGAGCUUACGGCGAAAGACGGGCUGGGCACGAUGACAGGGGACAUGAUGCAUCAUGGCGGCAGUGGGCGUUAUCCAGGAGACAUCCAUGGCCACAGCACCACCAUUGGCGGCACCACACGGGGGGGAACUGGCAGCUCCUCUUACGGCAGGGCACCUGAAGAAGAAGCAGCGAUGCAGGAAGACCUGUACGACCACCAUGGCAGGGGUAAGAGCAGCUACAGGCACGGACCACUAGGGGGCAGCAGCAGCAGCGUGAGCGCUAGCAUGGGUGGGGGAUCCCCCUAUUACUAUGACUUCGACUACAAACAUGGCAGCAUCCGCUCAGGGGUACAGAAAACUUCGUCAUCCUCUAGAAGCCUCCUGGCUCCUGCUGUCAUGUCCUCCAAGCGCAGCAAGCACAGAAAACUGGGGAGCAUGGAGCAAAAGAUCUCUAAGUUUUCCCCCAUUGAGGAGGCUCGGGAUGUGGAGGCAGACCUCGCCUCCUAUUCCUCUGCAGGUGGGGCUUAUCCCUCUGCUCACAUUAGAGGGCGGCAGCUGAUAGAGGAUUACGGCUUUAAGAGGAGUGCUUAUGAAGACAUCACUGGCACCAGUCAUGGUAGUCGAUACUACGGUUCAAUGACGGAGGAGGACGAUCGGAUUUAUUAUACUUCCACCGGCCGCUCCCGUUCUACUGGCUACGGCAUGGACAAGAUCUCAGCCAGGGACUAUCCUGGGUAUCGCAGCCGAUCUUACGAGAGGGACGAUCGCUCCUACCGAUCCGGCUAUAGCCGGGGCCGCCACCCUACACGCCAGUACUCUGAAGAGGGGAGCCCACUCAGUCCUAUGGGGAGGUUUAUGGGUUCUGGGCGAUCAUCAAGCUUAGGUCCUGACCCAUACGACAGUCGCAGCAGUAGAUAUCAGUACUAUUAUGGCCAAUAUGGUUCCAGCCACUCGCUUCCAGAUGUGCAAGACCACAUUCGGGAUCUUCCCCGGACCCAUGUCUACAAAUCGGAUGAUACAUACAUUAUAGACGAUUAUCAUUGCGCUGUUUCAGACAGUGAAGCCUACCAUCUGGGCCAAGAAGAAACUGACUGGUUUGAGAAGCCACGCUCCAGUUCACGACACUACGGCAGUCACUCAACUGGAAGGAGCCGGCAUGGUGUGAAACAUACUUACCAUGAUUAUGACGAGCCUCCUGAGGAAGACCUUUGGCCCCAGGAUGAGUACGGCCAUGGAGGGCGACACUCCCGUGACCACAGACAUCACGGCAGUUCUGGCCGACACUCAUCCUCAUCACGUCAUUCAGACGAGCCAAGGUCCUCAAGGUCAUCUAAGGGGCACCCCAAAGACCCAUCAAUGCGCCAUGACCCUUCAGGACGAUCCUCAUCUUCAGGAAGGCGAGGAGAGUCAAGGUCUGGAUCUUACCACUCCUCUGACUACUCCCGGGAUCCAUCUGGGCACCACCAUGGCCAGCGUUCCUCAAGGCAGGGUGACCCACAUCGUUCCUCACGCAGCAAAUCCCAGCCGCCAGGGGACAUGCAGGGCCAACCACCAGGCUCCUCCAGGUCUGGCAGUUCCUCCCGUGCUCAGGGCCCGGCUGGUGGACCAAUGGGAUCAGGGCGACAGGGUGGUCCAGGUGUCCAGACAGACGGUACUCAAGGACAGAGGACCCAGCUCCAACAACAAGCUCAGACAUCAGCUGCCAGGCCAGGGCAGCCCAGUGCUGCAACAACCCCUGGUCCUCAACAGCAGUCCCCAGCCCAGGGACAAGGCACGGGCAUGGGGCAGAACCAAGCAAAACCUGGGCAGAUGGGACCAGCAGGUGGACCCAUGGGGCAGGCCAGACAGACAGGUCCGACUGGAACAACGCCAACCCCAAUGACUAAGAUUGAGACCCCUCCAGCAACAGCGAUUGGAGCAAAGGCAGCUCCCGUCAUGGCCAACAAAGCAGCCCAGCCCCCACUGACAGGCAUAGGCUCUAAGGCAGCCCCCAGACCAGGAGGAAUCGGUAGUGCAGCAGCAGGUCAGCCCGGCAUGGAGGGUGAAGGCAUGUUGUCCAAGAUCCUGCCAGGGGGAGCUGCUGAGCAGGCCGGCAAACUGGGAGAGGCUAUCUCUGGUUUUGGCAAGAAAUUCACCUCUUUCUUCUGAGGUGCUAAAAUUAAGGACUAUGUAAAUGUGAAAUUACAACUUUAUGAGGCUUCGUACCAGAAAACCCUGUGAAGUUCCCGCUGCUUUUGUUUUACUCAAAGAGAGAGAGGAAAGAGAGAGAGGAAGAUGAACAGAGAGGAGAGCUGAGCAUACUGCCAACAAGGACUGGAAUCCUCUGGAUACUUGAUGUCUCACGGCUGAGCACACACUGACAGAGAGAACGCACGGAUCUCUCUGGCAGGCCAGACAAUCAUUUCAAGCCAACAUCCAUCUCCAGAAGGACUGACCUCCAUUCAGUGUCCCCAGCCAAAGAAACAGACUCCACCCAACCACAGUGGAGUCCUGGAUCUGUAGCAGUUCCACACAUGUCGGGCCUUUGAUUACAGAAAACUAACUGGCAGAAGAUGUGAUCUUCUCACAUUACCAACAUGGAUUUCUGCAGCUGCCGGAGAGUCCAGGAGAAUCAUUGGAAGACGUCUGCCACCUCAGCCCUCCAUGUUGGUUUGUCACCUCAGCUCUAAUGGAAGGAAAUUAAAGCUUGGUGCAGUUCUGCGACUUCACUCUUCAUACGAGCUGCUUUUUCCUGCUAACAUUGAGCAGAAAAUGCUAUCUUUACCAAAGGCAUUGUGGCAUGCGAGGAUCCUUGGUUUCACAGUCCUGUGCUCAAUCUAGAAGAUCCAGCCCCUCUCUUCUUUUCUAUCUCCUCUUAAAGUAAAAGUCUGCCGUGGAGAAAGGAAUAAAACUUAAUGCAGGCUUUUCUGGUAUGACUGACCUCAUGUUACACCGACUGUCACGACGGAAAUAAAUGGCAAUGUCACACUGAAUGAAUAAGACAGUAAUAAUGAUGUACACACGCAGUGACCGAGGUUGUUGGCGUGUUUCUAUCCACGGUUUGCUCUGUUUCUAUCUACAUUCCAGAUCGGAACUGCUGAAACCUUUUGCUUCCACUCUUCCUCGAAUUUCUGCAUUUCUUGAAUGCUGAUUCUGCUUACUUUCUAACCCCUGCCCAAUAUUCUUGCCAUGUCUUUAAAGAAGUGUAUAGUGGAUUUAAAAAAUGUAGGAAUCUGGAAUGCAUGGAACUUUAUAUCCAAGACCUUACACUGUUCAUCAUUACAAAUCAGAGGCCAUAAAAAACUGGGAUACACAUCUUAGCUUGAUAAUGUAAACUAUAACAAAAGGGAUGAUUCUGGAGCAACACAGGAAAUGAGCCACGGGAAUAAGAGGAGCCUUUUGUGUUUUUUUAAGAAAAAUAAUGGUAUCAGAGUGAAGCAGUAGUUUGUGGUAGGGUUGUUUUUCAGCCAUUAUAAAGCCAUUAAGACAACAUUUACCUGCAGUGCUUGUGCUGAUACUGCAACUGCUCCACAACAUGGCCCUCAUUUAUUUCAUGUUGUUGUAGAUGCUUAUCAUUUGCUUAUCAUGUCCUCUUCUUUUUUUUCUUUUUUUUUUUUUUUUUUUUUUGUUAAGUUUUGUUAUUUGCCUGGUUUUUACUUUUUGUUACAGGUAACCAAUAUCGCCUUAAUCAUUCAAAAGUCUUUUAUUUUGAAGUAAAGUGACAUAUUUUUUAUUACACCCUGUGAACAUAUAUUUUCAUCACUCACUUUUUUAUGUAUUUAGUAAUAUCAGCUGGAACACUGGCCACAGUGAGAUUGAUUUAUAUUUUUUGAAUUUGUUUUUGAUAAUUGUUAGUGAUAUUAUUUUUCUUUAUGUUUUGUAUUGUUUUGUUAUCUUCAUCAAGCCCCUGGUCAAUUUUCUGACUCUUAUUUAUUAUCAAUACUUAUCAAAGCAAUAGAGUAAGUGGUAAGGAAGCUAAGAGCACAAUCUUGUGUUAUUUUAAAAGUUGCUGGAACAGUAAUGUGUUGCCUCCGUCUGUCUAAUUUACCACCGAUGAACCAUAAGUCAAACGUACCACGAAGCAUACUCUAGUAAUGUACCACUUCUGUACUGAUACAUCAGAGAAAUGGAUGAACAAGAGUUUGGUACCACCCAGAUCUUCUCCUUCAACCUACAGUGAGACGUCACGUCUUUAGGCGGCGGAUCGGAGUGAAAAGCUGCUCAAAGGGGGCAGCUGGUGACUGAUCCGCAGCACUGCAGGGCAGCAGAGAGGCACUGAAAGCAGACCAGUCACACUUUACUGCAGAACUGGACUUGAUGUCGCCACCUGCAGGGGUUUGGGUUUGAUCCUUCUGACCCCUCCGAUACGGACGGAGUCUUGGGAAAAGCACCGUCUAGCUCCUUACACAUAAGUGUGAAUCAGCAUGUGUCUUCACUCUGUCAGCUGUGCACAGUGCACGGGAAAGCACACUCUUCAACGGAGUCAUAAAGAGAGAAAAAAACAGCACUCAUGUGACUGAGGAACCAAAAACAUCACACUUGGUUGUGUCACGAAGCCACUCGCCUUUUUUAACUUUUCAUUUUCUAUUGUGGUGGCGUCCAGACCUGCAACCCAACCCCCCUAAAAAAAGAAAAAAAAAAAAAAAAAACCUCUCAGACUGUCAGCUGUCAUGGAUACUUCUCAGGUCAGUGUUCUCCCUGCUGUUGCUCCUGCAGUGCAUUGUGGGAUCUGUGGUUCGGUACUCAAAAACACACUCUGUCGGGCCAAAUAUUGUGAGGCCUUCAACGAACCAACCAACUUCUGCUGUAUAUUGUCUGUGUGAACGCUCGCUGGGAACCUUCGCAUGCUGCCCGGCGCAGAAAAAACCUCAAAGUCACCUCUAUAUUGUUCUGUUCCUAAUGUUUGUAUGUAAGUGUGUGAAGGUCCGUAUGCGUGUAUUUAACAACCAUCAUACAAUGUGGAAAAGAAAAGAAAAACAAGACAAACACAAGUUCAACCACAAACAAAUAUGGUGGGCAGAAGAGGCGACCUCUCAUCUCCAGUCCUUCUAUGCAAUGAAUCAUAAUCGGGAAAACAUGAUGAGGAAAACACUCAAAAGGGAAUAGUCUUACAAGCAUUGUUUAUCACACCUGAGUUAGUCCAAUAUCAAGACUGCUUUGUUGUGGAAUUCCUCAUAGUUUCAAAUAAGGAGAUAACAGGACAGAAAUGUAGGAAAUAAUAAGAAGGCUCUUUGUGUUUGUUCAGGAUCCUCUCUAGUUGGAGCCUCUGCCAAAGAGAUUUCAAAGUAAAACAAGGGCAGGAGCAAGUCCAAUAUACAGGAAAAGAUGUCAAUAAUCUAUUUAGGAACAAAAGAUUUAUAUAAAUAUAGAAUAUACAUUUUGCAAUAUAUCCCUUAUAUAGUUUGUGUCUACAGAGGGGUGAAGAAGUUAAGGUCCCUUUAUGGCGAUUUUUUUUAGUUGCCAUCCAAAAUUACAAGUGUUCAGCCACUUUAAUGUGCCCUUUUUGCCAUGUUGCUAGAAUCAGAGAUAUUUAAGAGUAUUUAGGUCAAACACAAAGCCAGUUCAAAUAUUUAUAUACACAUAUAAUAGAUACAAAUGUAGAUGAUAUUAUAUUGAUGUGGGCUACUGUUGAAGCACUAUUUAAGGUAUUCCUUGAUGGAAUUAACUGGUGUGAGAGUGAGUUUGUGUGCGUGUGUUUAAGCGUUCAAAAGUGCACUGCCACGACAGAUUAAGAUUUAUAAGCUAAUUACACUGUGGAAAAUAAAUUACUGUACCUCAGUCACAAAAUUAUCUAAAAGUUUAUCAACCUAACACUAUGUGAUGAGCAAAUAUAAAGAGAGGCUAUUUAUGAAAAGUUUAAAAGAGCUGGUUUAUGCAGUAAGAACUUCAAAACUCCUAAAAACAAUAUAAGCACGGCCUAAUAAGUCACUGACACUGUAGAAUAAGUCUUUAUAUUUUUUGUGAAGCAUUUAUGAGAUGAUUUAUCAAUGUGAGAAUUUAUUUUAUCAUACUAAGAGGGGUUAAGGCGCAGGAUGGGAGUUCAGAAAGAAAAGAUAUAAACAGAGGGUUUAAAAACAUUUAAUGUGUGAAGUUAUGUCCACAAUGAUUUUAUCUAUCCCUUCAUUUAUGCACAGCCUAAAUAAUUGAGAGGAGUCUGGCUGCAGACCACAGCUCUCAGACGCCCCCUCAUGCAGACCAGUACUGUGAGACAUCGCCUCUGUCAGGACACAAUUGAUGCAACAAUGUAUUUCCCUUUUUAAAAGGGCUGUUCUUAUUAUUCAACUGUUUUCUUUAACACAGUCAAUAUUGUGAUUCCCAAGCAAAAACAACACUGCAAACAUGACAGACCAAGCAAAAUUUCAUAAAUAGAACCAGGAUUAAAUAAUGGAUAGACAUGUUUCAGUAGUAGUUGCGCAAAAAGGUGCUCCCUUUAACUGUGUUAGCUUAAGCUAACACAGUUAUGCUAACUACAUAGUUAACGUGUCAAUCUAAGCCAAUAUAGUAAUGUUAGCUUUUGCAAAAUGAGCUUUCAGAGAUAUCUAUCCUAUAGAUACUAAUCAUUUAAUUAUCUAUGUUGAGCUUUAGCAAAUGUAGCUAAUGCCAGCAUAGCUACAUUUGCUAAAGCUCAACAUAGAUAGUGUAGCAUAGCUCCAUUACCUAUGUAGCUAAGAUAGUCUAGUUAGUUUUAGCAAAUGUAACAAAAGCUAACGUAGCUUUGUUCGCUUUAGCUACAUAGCUUAUGCUAGCUGUUUGCUGUGAAUAAAAUUUAGGUUAAUGACAUUUGCAAAAUUGUAAAAGUGUGGUUACGUAGGUAAUGGAUCUACAUAGCUAAUUUAGCUUUGUUAGCAUUUGCUGCUUUAGCUAUGUAGCUAUUUAAUGUGAAUAAAUGAUGGGUUUUUGAGGUUUGUGAAACCCUAAACAGUGUACCGUCUUCAGCUACAUUAGCUUCGUAGCUUGCAUUGGUGUCCUAACUCUUACCAGAAGUUUAAUCUGAUUUUACUUAGAAAGUCUUCGUGUGUAUUUCUGUCCCGACAGAGGUGGUGUCUCACAGUAGUGUUCUUCACUAGGGGGCAUCAGAGAGCUGCGGUCUGCAGCUAGACUGUGUUGAAAUGAUCAGGUAAAUAAAGAUGAAAGUUUUCCUGAUUAUCUCUGGUUGUUUAUACCUUGUAUUAACAUAGGUUUUAGGCAUUUACAUUCUAAGUGAUAAUCCUUUAUGCUCGGUGUGAAUGCACCUUUGUGUAUACUGAGUAUGGUUUGACAUCUGACAGCUUAGCCUGCGUACAGAGGUGGUCUCGGAUACCUUCAUCUGGAUUGGCUUGGUUGUGUAGACCCAACAUGUUCUGGCAUGUAUUGAACAGCCAAAUCAGUUUGCAGUAGUCCACUAGUAAACACAAAACAACACUUUGUUUAUGUCUGUCCUUUUUUGCUCGUAGUGAUAAGAAUUCCGGCUUUUUGUAAAAGAUCAUUUGGCCCAACACAGUAAUAAAGUCGAGCUUUGUGCUACUAGCAGGCUUUUUGAUACCAUUUUGACUUUUUUGUGACCAUUAAACAUCAACAGAAAUGGAAAAAAGGCAUGCUUGUGACAGAAUGUUGGAUAAAAUUGCCAGUGAUUUCCCUUCACACAGCAUGCAUGGAUGCACUGGUGUAGUGCAGAAUAUACACUGAUAUACUGAGUAUACCCACUUAUUUUUUGUUUCCAUAGAGUUUACCCACCUCUAAAUAAAAAGUAUGCUUAAUAAAAAAAGUUAUAUAAAUGAAGAGUUUACUCACCUGUACACUCACCACUACACCACUGGGGAUACUAAGGUCAAGUGAGAGAGCUAGAUGAUUGUGGCUGCUGGUGUGUUAGAGGCAGACAGAGGAGAAGUUUGAGUGCCAGUCAUCACUGAAGAUGUAUUGUUGAUGCAUAGUUUGAACACGUACUGAACAGGUAUCCAGAUGCUUAGAACAGAUGUUAAUGCAAAUGUAAACAACCUUUGAGAUUAAAAGACAGGUGUGUAUCAGAACUGUCAGUUCUGCUCAGAAGAGUCAGUGGAUAACUUGUGAUGAGAGACUUAAAACUGAAAUCCAUACUUAAAAUGUAGUGGUCAGAAUUAUAUUCAAGAGGAGUUGUGAACCAUUCUGGGGCAGUUUCUUUGGCCUCAUUCAUUCCUUUACUCCAGAUGUGUUUGGAUCUACUUCUCCUUCACAUCAUGUGCACAUGGCUUGCUGCUGACUAGCAGUUUAGAAGCCCAGGGCGAUCCUUUCACAGGUUCACUGCCAGCAUGUCAGUGAAAUAACCAUGGACACAGAAAAUUAGGAAAACUUGUCAAAGUAGAACACAAACAGUAAAUGGUAAAUAGACAUGACCCAUUCUAAUCCCAUUCAUACACAUUUACAUGACACUGGCACAGCAGUGGGAGCAAUUUGUGCUCAAGUGUCCCAUCCAGACACUUGUCAUGUGGCUGCAGGAGCUCUUCCUCACCACUGAACCACAGUUGCCCCAAAAUAAUCUGAAAAAGAGUUAAAAUGAUUGAUACAGCUUCCUCCAUUAUGUCUUUUGUUUUGGAAAUUUGUCUAAGGUUGUUCAUAAAAUGUCACUUUGCCUCAGGAAAGCAAGAAUUAAAAGCAUCGUCGCUAAGAUGGUGAAGAGACAAUGGAGAAUAAAGAAUGGAUAGAUGCAGUUGCAAUAAAUCUGAUGUUUCAUAUACAACAUUAAUGUGAUCUUCCCAUAGUGAGUAAUAAGGGGGCUCAGUAAUAUAUUAAUAAAUCAGCCAUUUCGAUGUAAAUAACGUGGAAACGUGUCACAUGUUCUGCUCCAGUGUGAAUACAGCCACUGAAGGUGACUUAAAUAUGCAUAGCAGCAAGGGCUUAAAAAAAAACAAUACUGAAGAAAGCCAUUCUGUUACUGCCCAAUAGCCAGUGGUGGUCUCUGUCUAUACUCUGAAGUGUGUCUGUCUAUUUCCUGGAGAGCAACCGACUUUCUUUAAGAUCAAUCAAUCUGUGGUCAAAGUAGCACCACAUGAUCGCCUGUUUUUAACAGUUGUUUAAAGCACAAAUGUAGACAACAGUUAAACAUCAAAGUAGGGUUGUAUUUCAGAUUUAAAUUAUUUUUUCUACCCAUAACCCCUUGAGAAUAGAACAAGUAUUGUUUAAAUGAGUGAUAAAUAUAUCAUUUAAAAUGUCUAAAUAUUCAAAGCGUUAUUUUUCUCUCAUCCAGUUAGGUUCUAUUAUUAUUUAGCAUACAGAGGCUCAAAUUUAUAGAUAUGUAGCCAAGAGAGGUUGCUUUCAUUAGAUCUGUUCUCAAAAGAAAUCUUCAAACUUUGAAUCCUAACCAAAAAGGUAGCAACCAGUGCUUGUACAGUACGUAGUGUAGUGACUGCAUGUGCAGUGGUGACAGAGCGUUGAUGUAUAGCAGGACCGGAGAAAGGUUUUAAAAGACACAAAAAUAUAUCUAUAAAUAUAUAUAAUAAUAAAUGUUUUAUAGGUGAGAGGUUGUUAAAGAAAGCAGGAAUGAUGUAAUAAACUCAACCAUGAGAGAAAAGCUACCAAGUCCAUCUUUCACUGUAAAACCAUCAGGGAGUGUUUAUUCAUCGUUCACCUGUAAUGAAUCAUUAAAAUAAAAUUAAAAAUGCAUGAUCGGGACACCUGCCCCUCCCCUCACCCGUCUCCUGACCUUUUGAACCUCUUUGACCUCCCUCCUCACGGGCUGCCGUAUUUUUUCCAGUGUAAAUACCAGAUGAAAACUGAGCAGAGUUCACUUUGAACAAACAAUAAAUGCCAUGGAAGGCAUGUUCUGUACAACAUGUAAAUCUCAAACUUACCACAACACAUACACAGGCAUGAGAGAGGCACAAGCCGGUGUGUUUUCAAACCUGAACCUCUGUGCCCACGUGUGUGUAAAGACAAAAUACCAAACCAGAGUUGAUUUGAUGAAUAAGUUACUAAAAGUUCAUUGUGUACGUAUGUGGCUGGCUCGUGCGGACUGUUUCAAACUCAUUAAAAAGUCAUAUUCGGAUAUGAAAAAAUAAUAAAAACAUAUUGGUCUGUGUAGAGUUUCUAUACAUGUUGUGUUUGUAAAAUGAGAUGACAUGAAAAACUUAAAAAAGGGAAAAAUAUUCUGGCUUCCAUGUCAUUUUCUUUGGGGUUGUUUUAAGGGGUGAUGGGGAUGAAGAGGGGUGAGAGGGUGAUUUGAACA